UAUUUAAUCAAUUUAUGUUUGGGUUUGGUACUAUAUCUUUGGAUCGGUAUCGGUUAUGUUCCUCGGAUUCAUUUUUCCAAAUCCUAAUAAUUACAUGAAAAACAAAUAUCAACAUAUUUUUCAAAAUAUACACCCGCGCGCCUGCGCGGAUCAAAAUCUAGUUCCAUUUUAUAACUGUUUCAUCUUGUCCAACUUACACUUAUUGCAACAUAUGUAGGCUAGUCGAGAAAAGUCGCCCAAUUAAAGAAGGAAGAUUCUUUCUAUUCUUAAAUUAAAAAUUAGACUUAGUCACUAAUUAGGGCUUGUGGCUCCUCCGCUAAGAGGUAAAGACGAAGAUUUCCUGUUUAUUGUUUUAGGAUCUCACUUUCCAUUCAUCCUUUCUUUUGACUGAUUGCUUUCUCUCUACCCUCUUAUGUAAAUUAUUCCUUCUCUAUCCAAAUCUAUCUUUUUAGUGGAGGUUUGAAGCGAAUCUCGAGAAAGCUUUGCGAGUUUUCUUUAACUUCCCAGAUUUUUCCAAAUCAAGAAACCAUUUUCUGAUUUUGACUUUCGGUUUCGUUUCUGUGGUCUGUUUGCUUCAUUUCAUACAAAGCUAGGGUUUCCAUCUCAUAACGGAUCUCAGUCGCGGGAUUCUGAUUUUGUAAGAAUAAGUUAAAAUGGUGAGAGGAAAGAUCCAGAUCAAGAAGAUCGAGAACACGACAAGCAGACAAGUUACCUUCUCUAAGCGAAGGAGUGGUCUCUUUAAGAAGGCUCAUGAGCUUUCUGUUCUUUGUGAUGCCCAAGUAGCAGCUAUCAUCUUCUCUCAGAAAGGAAGAUUGUAUGAUUUCGCCAGCUCUGAUAUCCAGAAGACGAUCAAGCGAUACGCUGAGUAUAAGGGAGAGUACUUCGUUGCAGAAAGUCACCCCACUGAGCAAUACGUGCAGGGACUAAAGAAGGAAAUGGUGACAAUGGUGGAAAAGAUUGAAAUGCUUGAAGUUCAUAACCAGAAGUUGAUGGGGAAAAGUUUGGCCUUUUGUUCUUUAAAAGAACUUCAGGAAAUAGCCACACAGAUAGAGAAAAGCCUUCAUAUUGUUAGAUCAAGAAAGGCUAAAUUAUAUGAAGACGAGGUAGAGAAACUAAAAGCCAAGGGGAGGGAGCUCAAGGACGAGAGAGUCAGGCUUAGUGGAAGGGUAGGAGAAGAACCAAGCGGGAUGCCAAUGCCAUCAGGAAGCAAAGAGAAAGAGGAUGUGGAAACUGACCUAUCCAUCGGAUUUCGACCCGAUCUUAACAUUCUUCUUGUUCCUUAAACAUGAUAUCGAGCUACUUAUUAUCUCAGUGAAUAUGUGUAUAUUUAUAGGUCUUGUGUCACAUUUAUACUGAUAACUAAAUGAAACUAUUCUCUUCGAACUACGUACUUUGAUUUUCAUGGGUCCAUAUAUAACAAUGUAAUUAAUGAUACAUUUUUGUGUGUGGAAGUUCUCUUAAUUAAGCUCGUUUUAAAGAGUCGAAGACUAGGAUAUCAAAUUCUCGUAUGGACCAAAAGGGUUCAAAAUAAUCUGAUAUGAACCUCUUCUUUUUCUAUUACAUUUUGCAUUUAAAUUUAAUUCAAAAACUAGAGAAAAUAACUAAAAAACCUACAGACUUAAGCAUAUUUACAAAUUCAUGCCAUUAAUAUCCUAUCCAGACCCAGACCCAAAAUUCGACCCAUAACCCGACCCAGAUUUAAACCCUAAGUUUUUUUUCUUUCUCUUGUCUUCUCCAUUGAUACUUCUUCAAUUUUAAAGCAAAAUCAAAAUUUUCUUCAAUCACUUAUCGAUUUUCUUUCUGUUAUCCCAAAUCGAUCAACCCAUAGUUUUCUUUAAUCCAUUACGUCUUAUUUAAAACCAUAUCUCAUCAUAUACAUACAAGAUUCAUAAAAAAUCAGAACGCAGAGUAUUACUAGUACAACUAGUACAGCUCCAACUUGUGCAACUAGUACAACUAGAAAAAAUAUAACUUGUACAACUAAAUUGAGUAUAAUCAAUAUAACUGGUACGACUAGAACUCGAAUUAAUAGUACUUUGCAACUAAUAUGGUGAUAUUUAGUUUUUGUUUUCAGCGUAUUAAUGAUAUACAAAAGAUGAUGAUGAACCAAUAAUACAUAUUACUCUAAUCUUUCCCGCCUGCAUCUGUCAAAAUACAUGUAUAACUAGAACAACUAGAACAUGUAUAAUUACCACAACUUUACAAUUAAUAUGAUUAUAUUUGAUUUUUGUUUUCAGCGUAUGAAUGAUGUUAUAGAAAAGGAUGAUGUAUAACCAAUGAAAAUGUUGGUGUAAUCUUCAUGUAUGUGUCAAACUGGUGUUAUAGAAAGGGAUGAUAUACCAUUUGUACUAAUUGUACUAUAUACGGGAAAAAAAUCAUCUUCAUGUAGUUUAAGAUCUGGAAGAUUAUACUCCAAAAGACAACUGCCGAGCCAGAAAAAACAUUGUAGUUUAAGAUCUGGAAGAGUAUACUCCAAAAGAUAAUGCAUAAGCCAUCAUGAGUUUAAGAAGAAUGCAUAAGCAUUAAUGUUUGAUAUUUAGACAACAACAAUAAUAGUUUAACUAGUUUAAUACUAUUAUUAGUUUAAUUUUGGCAGCACUUACCAGAAUUGCCCCCUUUGUCACGUGCCUCCAUUCGGUGGGGGCUAGGACCUUACCAGAAUUGCCCCCUUUGUCAGUGAAGAAACGAGGCAAGAGUUCGCGGCAGUGGUGGUAGAUACUAUUACUGGAGCGCAGAACCGGUUGGGUUGGAGAGAGACACCGAAUGGAGAAUUCUCAGUGAGAACUGCGUACAAUUUGAUCACAUGAGAUGAUGCUCCAAGGCCAAAAUGGGAAGCUUCUUUAAAAGAAUGUGGCGUGUGGUGGCGUCUGAGAGAGUAAAAAUGUUCCUCUGGCUUGUUGGAAAUCAGACAAUAAUGACUAACGCAGAGAUAUUUUGACGUCAUUUAAGCGGAACUGAUGUCUGCCAGAUUUGCAAAGGAGGAAUCGAAACCAUCUUGCACGUGCUUAGAGACUGUCCUGUGAUGUCAAGAAUUUGGGAUCGCCUUGUCCCAACUGGGAAGAGACAAGCCUUCUUCUCAAUGUCCUUGUUUGAGUGGUUCUAUACGAACCUAAGUGAUAAGCAAGAGGGAAGUGGAGUUCCCUGGGCCACGGCGUUCUCUUUAAGUUCUUAUCCCAAAUCGAUCGAUCUAUUAUCAUCUUUAAUCGAUUUACUCUUGUCUGAAUCGAAAUUCAUCUUCGUUUUAAAAAAUUCGCAUCAAAAAAGAACACAAUAGUAUAACUAGUACAACUCAAACUAGUACAACUAGUACACCUCAAACCAGUAUAUCUAGUACAACUGGGGUGAGUAUAACCACUAUAACUAGUACAACUAGAACACAUAUAACUAGUAUAACUUUGCAAUUAGUAUAGUGAUAUUUGGUUUUUGUUUUCAGCUUAUUAAUAAUGUUAUAGAAGAUUAUGAUGCAGAACCAAUGAAAAAUUGGUACAAUCCCCACCAAGAUGUGUUAAAAUAUCUUAAUAGUUUGUUUUCUAUAAUAUUUAAUUUAGAUAAUGAAUUUGUUUUACUAGUUUUACUAUUUACGAAAAAAAUCAUCUUCAUUCUUUUUGCUCUCGAAGCCGAAGGUAGUUGCAAAGCCAGAAAAAUUAUAUUAGGUUAAGAUGUGUUUUGUAAUACCCUAUAAUACAGCUAGAAGGAGUAUAACAUGUAUAUUAGUAAAACUGAAACGCGUAUAACCAGUACAACUCUCCAACUAAUAUGGUUAUAUUUUGUUUUUUCCAGCGUAUGAAUAAUGCGAGAAAAGAGAAUUAUGUAUAAAAAAUGAGACAUGUUAUUCUAAUCUUUUCUCACAUGUAUGAGUCAAAAUACAUGAAUAUUUUGUUUUACAUAAUAUUUAUUAAGAUAAUGAUUUUUUUAAUUGGUUGUGCUAGUUGUAGUGUGGGGCCUCAAAAGUUGCGGUAUAAGAAGAUUUAAAAGAGUAUAAUGCAAAGAUGAUGUAGAAGCUCUCACGGGUUUGAAAAUGAUGGAUAGGCUUCAUGUUAACAUGGUGUUUGUACUAUGACAAUAGUAGUCCAACUUGUGUACCUGGUUUAUAUAUGGUAGACUGGUAGUAGUACCAAUGUUUUGAUAUUAAAAAUGACAUACCAAUGUUAGUUGUAUUUUUGUAUUUGAUUUCAAAUAACUUUUUAUUUUUAUGUUUUGCAAAUUAUAUGAUGAUAUUAAGUUGUACCAGUUAAACCAAUAUUCAUAUCUUGUAUAUGGGCUAUAUGUUUAGUUUUAUUAGAUUACGAGUUGUACCAUCUUCUAUAACUCACUACUUUAGCAAUUUCAUGAUUUAACUUAUAUUAGCAUCAUAUUAAACUUUUAACAACAUUCAUUACACUAACAUUAAUUUAAAACGUGAUGCACAGUUAAAGCAAUACUAAAUAAAAUAAUAAUAUAGUUGUACUAGUUUAUUUUUGAGUUGUAAAACAAUAACGGCUGCUCCGGAUUAGAAAUCUCCAAGUUUCACUAUUCUCUGCAUGUAUAUCUCCAAGAGCCAUUCAACCUACUCUGAACCUGAAAAUGACUUGAAAAAGACUAGAGAGACUCGAUAAAAACUUGAAAACAAUUUAGAAAACAUAUAUACAAUCUGUCAGAAAACACAAUAUAUCACAAAACGGCCUCGUAACAUUGACAUUAACUUAAACUAAUGAUUUCUGAAAGUUAGAUUAUGCUUUUUUUUCCAAAUAACAUGGUUAAUCAAGUAAACAAACAGUUAAAGUAUACAGUAAAUUAUGUAAACUUAUGUGAUGGUGUAAUAAUUGUCAAAAAAAAUUUCAUAAUUUUUUUUAGGAAAGUUACAACUACUUCAUUUAAUAUUAAACCAUAAUGUAUAAAACAUGAUACACGUUUUAAACGUGAUGAACAAUACAAAAUGAAAUAACAUAGUUGUACUAGUAUAUUUGAGUUGUACCGAUUUGUACAUAGUUGUACUAGUUUUUUAGUUGUACUGGUUUGUACAUAGUUGUACUUUGGCAGUGAAAUCGAAAAAACUAGUGGUACCACAUUAGAUUUAAACUUACUUCAGUUGUACCACUUCUUUAUGUCUACAUGCAUUUGCCCCAAUAAAAUGAAAUCAUCAGUUUUGUUAAAAUACAUUUCAUGUAUGUUUUCCAAAAAUUAUGUGUACAAAUAAGUUAACAAACCUUAAAAGUAUAAGGUAGAUCAUGCAAAUUAUGUGAUGGUGUAAAAACUGCAAAAAAAAUAAAAAUAUUAAAAUAAUAAGGAAACUAUCUAAAUAUUUAC